CAGAGUAAAUUUCCUGGAUGAAAAUAUGGCAAGGAGCUUGCUCAGACGUUUUCAAACAAUUUCCAUCAGUACAGUAUCAGUUAAGAAGUAGAUUUACAUACCUCAUCACUUUUUUCGAUUUUAGCGUAUAUUCCUAUUUGAAUAGAAACUACAAAUUAUUAUUCUAACCCAACAAGAUGCAGUUUACAAUGAUUUGAUUCCCAUGGGCCGUGAAAGCUCAGCAUAGCGGGAAAUCUGUUCAUGAGCUAUCGUUAUUUUUAUCCAACUAUAAUCAAAGAUGAUUAAAAAACCCAGAACCUUAAUUCAAAAACAACUUUAAAACACCGAAUCCCAUCAAGGCCAUGCCUAAGUGUCAAACGUCAAUAUGUUAAAAGACCGGAAGCCUAUUGUCUUGAAAAGAAACUUAAGAAUUAGAAGAUAUAGACUGAUAUUUACAAAAGGUAUAAAGGCAGCAGGCUUCUAACGAAGAUGGUUGCCAAAAAAUAUUUUGAUAUUGGAGAUUUAGUUUGGGCAAAGAUGAAAUCUUUUCCUUUCUGGCCAGCCAAGAUAGUAAAACCUCCUGCAGAUACAAAAUCUUCUGCUCUUAAAAAGGCACGGCAUUAUGUAUUCUUUUUUGGAAGUGAAAAUUAUGCCUGGAUACUGGAUCAAAAUAUUGUGCAGCAUUCUGAAGAAAUGUUACAGGCUGCUUCCAGUAAAAAAAAUUCAAAUAGUUUAAAAUUAGCAAUAAAACAAAUCACCGAAGAAGCUCCCCAAAAGGCUAAAUUGCUAGUCAAAGAAAAGGAAUCUCCUGAAGUAUCGACAAGUGGUACUAAAAGGAAAACUGCUAAAGUACAAAGAAUGAAACAGAAAACUGAAAGGCCGAGAGUUCGAAAGAAGGUUGUACUCAAAAGAUGUAUUAUGGAUGAAAAUGCAAAUAAACGAAUUUCUACUGUUACCGAGAAUGAUUACAUUGAACCUCAGCUAGGUCCUAUAAUUCAUUUGCAUGAACCCAAUGAAGCUGCAAGAGCAAAAAAUGUCAGACCAUCAAAUAAGAAGAUAGGAUUUAUUGGUCUCGGAAUGAUGGGUCAGAGGCUUGUUAAAAACCUGCUCACUACAAAUCACAAAGUCACAGUUUGGAACCGCAGUUUGGAAAAGUGCAUAGAUUUUGCUCAAGCUGGAGUUGUGCUUGCUGAGUCACCGUGUGAUAUGGUUAGAAUAUGUGACAUAAUUUUCUGCUGUGUUUCUGAUUCUAAGGCCUCAAAAAAUGUGGUUUUUGGAAAGCAUGGCAUUCUGUCAGGUCUUGAAAGGUCACCACAUGGAUCAAAAGGUUAUGUUGAAAUGACUACUAUGGAUCCAACUACAUCAACAGAAAUUGCAGAAGCUAUCACCCAUAAAGGUGGAAGAUAUCUUGAAGCUACAAUCAAUGGAACAUUGGAAAAGGCUGAAGAUAGAGCUAUGUUAAUUUUGAGUGUAGGUGAUCGGAAACUUUUUUCUAAUUGUGAGAGUUGCUUUUUUGCCUUUUCACACAAUGUGUAUCAUCUUAGCUGUGACGUCGGAAGUGGGUCUAAAAUGAAGCUGAUAUUAAGUAUGUUAAUUGGUAUAUUACAGGCCGCCUUCGCAGAAGCCAUGGCUCUUGUUAAGCGUUGCAAUCUUAAUCAGGUGAACUUCAUGGAAAUCCUAGAACAUGGACAUUUAUAUUCACGUUUUAUUGAAGAAAAAGGACGGGUUCUGCUGUCAGGUUCCUUUCCAACUGAUAAUUCUCUUGAGCAUCUGCAAAAAGAUUUGGAAUUGGCUCUUUCACUGGGUACUGACUAUAAACAGCCAAUGUUAGUCACGACAGCAGCAAAUGAAGUCUUCAAAUGUGCUAACUCUCUCCUUUAUUCUGAUGUAUAUGCUUUUUAUUCCAAUUCAUCGUAAAAUUUUAUAAAAGAUUUCAUAAUCCAUUAAAGCUAUCAUUCAUACAA